AUGGACACAGCAGAUACAAGACAAGUCUUCAAAGCUGCAGCCUUUCUUGUCCUCACCGUAAUCAGCAUCCCAGCUAACAUAUUUGUCUGCUAUGCUUUCCUGUUCACCUUGGUUGCAGAGCGUAAACUUAUGACAGCUGACAUCAUACUGUGCCACCUAGCAUUUGCCAACCUGGUCAUGGCCCUUAACCGCAGUAUUCCACAGACGCUGACUGCAUUUGGCUACAAGAACCUAUUUGAUGAUGCUGGCUGUAAACUGACCCUCUUUUGCUUCCGCAUCUUCCGAGGCAUUUCUAUCAGCCUCACAUGUCUGCUGAGCACCUACCAAGCGGUACUGGUUUCUCCUGCCACAUCUAAGCUUGUCCCAUUCAAAGCCAGGAUUCCACAGUACCUAUGGCACUUGAUGGCUUCCUUCUAUAUUUUAUACAGUGCCAUCAACAUUAAUGCUGCUCUCAAUUCCUUUGCCUCUUUCCCCAACAACACAAUUCCACCCUACACAUACAACCUACAGUUCUGCUUUGUCUCCUAUCCUGAUCAAAUUGGUUUUGUUUCUGGUGGUCUAGCAAAUUUUUUCACAGAUCUUUUAUUUAUAGUGUCAAUGACUGCCAUGAGCGGGUACAUUCUGCUACUCCUCUACAAGCACAGCAAGAAAGUGAGGAGUCUCCGGAUAUCAGAAAGUGGCCAGUCUGGAGCAAGAGCAGAGGUGAAGGCAUCGCGAGCCGUGGUCACCUUGGUCAGUCUAUACACAGUCUUCUUUGGAGUUGACAAUUUCAUAUGGCUUUAUUCUCUAACUGUCGUGAGGGUGGCCCCACUCCUGUCUGAUGUGCGAGUAUUCUUUGCCACCAUCUAUACAUCAGUGUGUCCGGUUGUAGUUAUUUUCACAAACCCAAGAGUCAAUUCCAAGCUGAAAUUCUCAAAACCAGAAACACUUGCCUCGCAAACUGAAAACAGCAAAUCCAAUGUAUAA